AUGAGCAACCUGGAGAGACUAAAACAACGGUUGGAAGAGUCGCUAGAGAAACACAAAAAUAGGUUAUUAAAGACACGUCAUAAAAAGGCGAAGGGAUUAAUCGACGGCAAGGCGACAAAGAGUACCAACUAUACAGGAGAAGAAUCCAAGAAAAUAGACACAGCAAAGAAUGAGAUUACAAACUCGGGAAGAGUAAAGAGAGUAACAACAGAAAGAAAUAAAAAUUCUGAGAUAUAUGAUGUCAAUAAUUUGAAAGGGAGAUUGAUCGAAAGGUCAGGGAGUCCAAAGGCUCCUCAGGUGAGAGGGAAAAAGGAAAGCAACAUAAUGCCGAGUGGUCCUUUGAAGGACAAGCUGUAUUGGAAAGGGAACUCAUCAAGGCGUGUGAUACGAGAGAGUAGGGGCACUUACUUCGUUGGGGGGAAAACAAACAGGGAUGUGGCAAAGGGGGGGGGUCCCGACCCGAGUGAGGCUAACCACGCAGUGGGGGAGGAGGAGGAACGUGCCUUUGAGGAGCGUGCCUUGGAGGAGCGUACCUUGGAGGAGCACAGCAGGGAGGAGGGCGACUUCGAUGGAGUCUCCAAAGAGAUCAGAGAUAAUCUAAACGACCUUUUUAGGCAUUUUAUUAACUGCAAGAUAAACAACCUGUAUGUUAUUAAUGGGGACAGGGGGAAGCUUCCCAGGGGGGAGUUUGCAGAAGAGGGCAGAGGGGUCAUGAUGAUUCCAGGGGUGGGGGCAAGCGAGGAGGUACAGGAGGGGGUCAUUGGUGAGGUGGUUGGUGAGAAGAACGAAAUGGGUGCCGCCUUCCCUGACGAUGAUGAGGUAGGAUGUGAGAACCAUGCGAGGGGGGAAGCAGUAGAGGGACUAUACAGCCGUUUAUGUCAUGUGAAGGGAAGCCAAAGCAAUGUGAACGGUGAGGGGGAUGCUUAUGGAGUGAGUCGAAAGGGAGACACCAGCAAGGAAACACAACUGAUAGGGGCGAACAUCGGAAGGGGGGGAAAAAAUGCAACCAUGGUGGCGGAGGGGAAAGAAAAAAAUGCAAGCAUGAUGACGGACGGGAAAGAAAAAAAUGCAACCAUGAUGGCGGACGGGAAAGAAAAAAAUGCAAGCAUAAUGGCAAACGGGAGAGUAACCCCAUCGAGCGAAUCCGUGGGAGCAGACAUCGAAAGCGGAAGGUACAAUAGCACCUUUGUCAAGCUAAUGCAAAUAAAGAAAAAAAUAAAAAAAAAAAUAAAAAAAUUCGAAGACGAAGGGAAGGGGCUGCUCUGCACAGACGAGAGGACCGUGUGCAAUUCAGACGCGUCAAAUGAGGAAAGGGACCUACCAAUUAGGGACCUCUCUACAUUCACAGAUGGUAACGUUUCUUCUGCAAAGGGGUUUAACCAUUGGGGGGUCGUCCGGGUGGACUCCUCUGUGGCUUCCGCUGCCAGCACCAACCAGGAAGCCUCUUCCACGGGGGAGAGCAUCGAGUUGUUCACGACACAGAAAAAUAUUUUCGUCUGUAAUUACUACACGAAGAACUCGAGGAGGAAGGAACAAGCCAAAUGCUACAUAUGCUCAUUCCCCAUCCGCAACAGUGAGGAGGAAUUCGUUUUAAAAAAGAAAAAAAAGGACUCCCACGUGGGGAGGAUGGAGAAGGGGGAGGUAUACAAGCAGAAGGGGGAGGCAUACAAGCAGAAGGAAUGCACAUCCAAAAGAAGUCUGAGGAAAGCCGGGGACGAAGAUGGGGACGAAGCUAGGGACGAAGCUGGGGACGAAGCUGGGGACGAAGCCGAGGCCGAUUUGUUGUAUCGUCGAAACAGAUGUGAAGUGAGUCAUCCAGCCCAAGGGGAGGGGGUAGCACCUCGUGAUGUGGACCGCUUCAGCGAGGCAUACAACACGUGGGUGUAUAAAGAAAGGAUAUCUGCAUCCGCCGAACGGGAGGGAGCCAGCAUAGGAAGUGGCAUCGGCAUCGUUAAUGAAAGAACGAGAGACAGGAAACCCAAAACGAUCUACUGGAAAAUCAGCGAAGGGGACACGUUCAAUUUUCCCGUCGAAGGGGGCUGCGGGGAGGUUCCCCAAGUAAGGGCAGUUCUCCAAGUGAGGCCAGCAGAAAGGCAUCAGAAAUUUGGCACAGAGGGGGGGAUAAAUAGAAGUCGCGCCGCGUCGAAUGGCGCCUUUUUGAAGAAAGUCCUAAGAAUGAAGAUCGAGGCCAUGCGAAGGGAAAAGGGAAAUAGGAGGGAGGAGGCAGAGUCAAGGAAAGUAAUGCCACCGGUGAGUCUCGCCCAGAUUGAACAUAACGCACAUAACGUACCAAAUGAAGAGAGGGACCGACUUAGCGAAUAUGGACAGAGGGGGAGAGGCACACCUGGGGAGGCGAAACAGAUGAACAGUGGGGGUGGUGAAGGAUGGGUGCGCGACGAAUUGUCCGUGCAGAUGGGGGGAACGCUCAGCAGAGGUACGCUCAAUGGGAGUGCGCUCAAUAUGGGUACUCCCAAUAUGGGUACUCUCAAUAGAGGCACUCACAAUAGAGGCCCCCUCAAUAGAGGCACUCUCAAUAGAGGCCCGCUCAAUAGAGGCCCGCUCAGUAGUGACCCUCCCAGUCGCGUGGAGAGAGACGCCCCUCGUGAGAUGGCGCCCCCUGUGGGCAGUCCCCACGUGCAGUCCUGCUCCGUUCGAAGCGUAUCAACCCUGGAGAGAAUUCCUUCGUCGGGGAACACUCACAGGAAGUACUCCCCGAGGAGCGGACUCACCAGAAAGGCACCCGCCAGGCUGAGGCGAGUGUGCCCAGACGGCGUCGACAAGGAGGAGGAGGAGGACGACGACAAGGACGAUGACGCAGACGACGACGAUGACUACAAGGCGGAGGUGCAACGCUUUAACGAGUCCUACUACUGCAACUUGAAACGAAUAAAGAGUGACGAUGUGUACCCGAAUUCAGAGGAACCAAUUAGCACAUCCGAGAAGAGGAGCUUAAUGGAGGCCUACCUUCAGGACCUCAGGAGGAAGAAGGAGGAAGACAGAAAGGGGAUCGACUAUAAGCUCAGGUAUAACAUCGAGUUCUUUAAGUUCGCUCAGCUUAUAUGUCAGGACAAGAACUUCUGCAGCAAUUAUUUGGGACAGAUGGGCAGCAACAUGGUUGCCAAUGGGGACGACAUCGACCGAAUCGCCUUUUCCAUCGUGAAACUGUUUAAUUCUCGCUGA